AUGGAAACGUCUUUAGAAGACAAAUUGCUUCAAGACAUAAUAAAAAGUGAUAAUAAUGCUAUUUUACAACAUAUUUCUAGGGGGGCAAAUCCAAAUAAAAUAACUAGCCAUGGAAAAACGUGUUUGGGAGAAGCAUCUAAAUUGGGUAACAUGGUCAUUGUACAAAUGUUACUUAAUUCAUAUAGUGAAAAUGAAGCGUCAAACCAAGGAAUCAUUUAUAAGAAGUGUAAUAGGUCACAUAAGAGGAAAUUGAAAAGUGUUGGACCUCAUGAUGGAAGUGUUAGUAAAUGUAAAAAUAGAAGUGAAGAAAUUUAUCAAAGUCAUAAGCAAGAUAUAAAUGGCAAGGAAAUUAAAAAUAAUGAAAAAAAAAAUCAGGAUAUCUUGGUAUCUUUGAAUAGUGAUGGUUCUAGUAGUGAUGACAGUAAAGCAGGUAUUACAAAACCUCAGGCAACCUGUGUUGCUACAUCUCUUCAUGUUGAUCUGGAAUGGGAUGAGGAUAUAGGUACAGCUGCACCUAUUACACAUGAAGAUGAAACUUGGUCAUCAAUUUACAGGUGGUAUGCUGCUAUAUUAGAAAAAACAGGUGCUGCAUUAGCUUCAGCAUCAAAGGUUACCAAUGGAAUCAAUCAACAAGAUGCGUAUAUGAGAACAGCCUUGCAUUAUGCAACAGAGCAAGGACAUACUGAAAUAGUAAAAUUAUUACUAGAUUCUGGUAGUAAAUUAGAUGUUACCGCGGGAGAUGGUCUUACUGCAUUGCAUAUAGCUGUUAUAAGAAACAAUAUUGAAAUCGUUAAUAUGCUGUUGUCAGCUGGAAGUCACAUAAACUACAAAACACAUGAAAAAAUGACUGCAUUGCAUUUUGCAGCUUCUAGGGGAUUUUUAGAAUUAGUAAAAAUUUUAGUCUCUAAUGGAGCAAAUUUAGAAGCCAGAGAUACCAAUGAAAGAACUGCUUUAUACUUGGCAACAGGAAGAGGCCACAUCGAUGUGAUAAAAUAUUUAAUAUCUUCUGGUGCCAAUGUUAAUGGUGAAGAAAUCCAUGGGUAUACUCCACUAUGUGAAGCUGUUUGGCAAAAGUAUGCUCAAGUUGUAGAAGUUUUGUUAACUUCUGGUGCUCGAGUUACUCAUUCUCAUAAACUUUUACACAAUGCUGUAAUGCAAGGUCAAAAAGAUAUAGUCAGAAUGCUUAUUAAUCAAACAGGAGGUAUAAAUUUGUGUGAUGAUGCAGGGGACACUGCUUUAUUAUUAGCUGUUAGAUUAUCACACAUUGAAAUACUCAAAGAACUAUUAAAUAAGAAAGCCAAUAUAAAUAUUUGUAAUAAUAUAACAGGUUCUAAUGCUUUACAUAUAGCAGUUGAAAGUUUUAAAGACCUAAACCAGUUUGAACAAUUACUUUUACUGUUACUGGAGAGAAAAAUAGACAUGAAUGCAACAGCUUUAACUGGCGACACAGCUCUAAAUAGAGCACUCUUAUUACAAAAGGAUCAUGCAGCAAUAUUACUUAUCCGCCAUGGAGCAGAUGUUAAUACAAUUGAUUUUCAAUCAUGUGGGUUAGACAACCUAACAAUGGUUAAACAAAGAGCAACAAAUCAUUUAGCAAGACUAUUACUUAAAGCAGGUCAUUACAGGCCUGAACUUGAUCAGUGUGGGGUUUUACCAAAAAAAGAUACAACUGCAUAUUGGUUGCAUCAGAUAUGUAAAGAACCUUAUAGUCUAUUAGAUAUUUGUAGGAUUCAAAUUAGAUUACUUUGUAGACAAAAACCAUUACAUCAAUGUAUACCUUCAUUACCAAUACCGAUAAGCCUACAAAGAUUCUUAAUGUUUGAAGAUGAAAUUUAA